AUGCGCGACACACAAAUCACCUCACUGUCUGAAAAGGUGUUACAGAGUGCAAACGAGGCUGAGGAGCUGCGGGAGCAGCUAUCCUCACUGCAACGUGAACAAGCUCGCAUCAGUGACAACCAGAAACGCGAGGUGGACGACGCGCUUGCCCGCGAGAAACAGGCGCAAGAACAAUUUGAGGACGCCCUCAAAGAAAAGGCUAAAUCUGACAUAAUGCUCGGCAGCUCGAAGGAGCGUGUCAAUUCACUGACGGAUGAAGUCGCGCGUCUGCGCAGCCAAGUCCAUCAAUUGCAGCAAGAAAGCGCAGACAAGGAAGUGAAGAUUCUGCAAUUAACCAAGCAACACCAGCAAGAUAAAGACGACAUCGGCGGGCUCAACAUUGCGCUCGAUUCAAAGCAGCAGGAGCUUGAGCUGGUGAAGCGUCGUCUCGGGGUACGUGGUACAGGCGGGACUACACCUGCCCCAACCCCGAAAGUUUCAAGUCGACGCGAGUCGUCCGCAUUUUCUACCCCCACAGUGGCACCACGACCACCCUCAGCCCUUUCGGAUGUAUCCAAGGACGGUUCUGAGCGAAAGUUGGCCGGAACGCCCUCUGGAGCGCCGCGAGCCAGUCUCACUGCCUUAAACAAAAGCAUUCGCACGAAUGCUGGCACUAAUACAGCGAGCAAACCCUCAGGGACCCCAGCUCCACAUGGUGCCAAAACGCCGCGGUCCUCUAUAUCCGCUACUCCAUCUGCCCCCACCAGAGCCCAAUCAGCUCUGGGAAAAUCCACCAGCACGCGUACUCCGGUUCCUGGCACCCCAAGUAACGCUGGAGGGCUGCGCCGUGCCUCCGUAUCAGGUACUGUCCCACAAGCGAAAACCCCUAUUCGGCGACCUAGCGUGAGCUCGGCCUCCACAAGUGCGGAUGAGAAGGAAAAUCUUUCAUUGACACCAAAGGGCCUCGGAGUGCCAAGACAGCGUGUACUUGCAUAG